GCUUUCAUCUUCGACACCGAUUCACUAAACCUACAAUACUUCUCCGUCCCCCAAACGUUUAGCUAUCAGUAACAUGAAUAAGUCUCAGUAUUAUCUAUCUCAGUGUGCCGAUGCUGCUUCCAAGAGCUCUAUGUGCUUCACUUUGGGUGCAGUGAUGGUCAAAGGAGGCAAGGUUAUCUCGACCGGGCACAAUCAUCAUCGCACCCAUUAUGAUGGUGCUGAGGUAUCCAAGCAUGGCCAUCGAAAGCCUGUAUCAAUGCAUGCUGAGAUGCAUGCGAUCUACAACCUCACUGGCAUGUCUCCAUCGUUUAAGACGCAGGUUCAAGGCAUGGAGAGACGGGUUUUACGAACUUCAGUCAUAUUACCAUCCAAACACGGAACCAAAGGGCCAAAAGGGUUUGUGCAAUCAGCGUGGUGAAUUGCAGAAGCCGAAAGUACCACGGCAUCCGGUGGGCAAGCGGCGCGGGCGCAGAGGUAGUCGGCUCAAAACUGUCUCCAGCCAGAGCUCCAGCAGCAGCGAGAGUGACAGCGAAAUUGGCGCGAUGUCUUCCACGUCGGAAGAAUCUUCGCUUUAUUGCGCUUCGCGAGACUCGGACAGGGGUUGGAGUGUACGCAGGAGAGAUCCUCGAGUGAAUGGAUCUGAUAUUUACGUCGCUCGAUUCACUAAGAAUGGGAUGGGUACUGCGAAGCCUUGCUGGCGAUGCCUGGAGUGGUCGCGAUGGGCGGGGGUAAAGCGCAUCUUUCAUUGGAACGCUGAGGAUAAUCGUUUCGAGGUGGUGAAGGUGAAUAGUGCGCAGCGGGAGCAGUAUGAGACGCACUCCGAUGUUCGAUUAUUUGCUGGCUCAAAUUACUAGUACUGAAUACGUGUCCCAACAUACAAGCCUAUUGUUCGUACCCCGUC